AUGGAGAACCGAAAAGUGGUUGUAAUGACACUAUUUGGACGAAAUCCCGACCUACCAUCAGUUCUAUUGAAUUCCCACGUCGAUGUUGGAUCUGCAGUUUUGCAAAACUGGGCCCGUGAUCCAUGGUCCGCUUAUAAAGAUGAAAAGGGCAACAUAUACGGAAUGGGAAUUCAAGACAUGAAAAGCGUCAGUAUCCAAUACUUAGAAGCUGUUCGCGUGUUAAAAAUAUUACGCAAUACCAGCUUCGAGCGGACUGUGCACUUGUCAUUUGUACCGGACGAACAAAUAAACAAUGGGACUCUUGGUAUGGCAUUGUUCGUGCACACUCCAGAAUUUAAAGCAAUGAAUGUCGGUGUAGUAAUAGACGAAGGAUUAGCCUGCCCCGAUAAUAAAUAUUAUGUUUUCUACGGAGAAAGAAGUCCGUGGUGGGUUCAUGUUAAAUGUCGUGGUAAUGCCGGGCAUGCAGCCAUGUUUAUUGAUGACACAGCUUGCGAUAAGGUGCAAAAAGUCAUUAAAUCUUUCACGGAUUACCGCAACAAGGAGCAAAAACGGUUCAAAGGUAAUCAUUGUCAACGUUUGGGUGACUUUACUACUAUAAAUGUGACUGGCAUUCAUGGUGGAGUUCAUUCAAACGCUGUACCCGACGAAUUCACGGCUGCUUUUGAUAUUCGAAUCCCGCCAACAGUCAAUUUACAUAAAUUUGAAGAAAAAAUUAAAACAUGGUGCCACGAGGCGGGAGAUGACGUAACAUAUGAAUUUUUGAACAAGAAUACAAACCAAAAAACAACCCCUACCGAUAGCCUGUGGUGGAAGACGUUUGUAACUACCCUUCGACAAAGAAACGUGGAGGUUUUACAAGAAAUUUUCUGUGCAUUCUCUGAUGGGCGUUUUCUACGAGAAGCCGGAUAUCAAGUGAUCGGUUUUAGUCCAAUGCGAAACACAACCAUGGUGAUGUACGAAAGAGAUGAAUAUCUUAACGAAAAAAUAUUUCUGGAGGGAAUCGAUGUUUAUUGUGACUUGAUACCUGCCUUGGCGAACUUGACAUUUUAA